AUGACGCUAAUCGUUGCAUCGUUAUUCCUGCCUUAUUCCCCCCAAUUCGAAGUAAAUGGGCCUGAAACCAUUGCCGAGGAACUGGCUGAAUCUAACUUGAUCAAGGUAAAUACCAAUGAUGGCAUUAGGAAGAAAAGAUCAAGCUCCGUUCAUUCCCACUCGCCAUUCCUGGCUAACAAUUUAUCUCAGGAGAGCAUGCUGAAUGCUCAUUCCCCAUCUCCUGAACCAUCAAAGAAGGGUACCGCUAUACCACCACCACCAGCAAUAAAUCCCUUGAACCCAACAUCUACAAUCGAUGAAUUGGUGUCUUCGGAACAAUUCAUGUCCAAUUUAACUGCUCAUGGAACUGGAUCAGGAACUCCAAGGUUGCAUGUCCCAGGCUUGAGCUCAGUGAUGAAAAAUAAUAAUUUGCACUCCUCUGUCUCCGUCGAGGACUUUUUUUCCUCUCCCAACACUGCCUCUGAUCAAAUUGCAUCUCCAGCCUACUCAAUCACUUCUGCUCCGGGUGCUCAACAAACUACCAAUAAUACUGUAGCUGCACCUGCUCCCGCACCAGUGAAUAACACUACUAAUGGUAUUAUUCCAACAAGUACCUCUCCUGACCCAACUGCAAGUCUUCUUAAGAAUGUCAAUAAAUCAUUAUUGCUUCAUUCUGUAUUGAACAAUAAUAACGCUUCGCAAACGAGUCUAGAUUCCCUUUCAUCUUCUAAAUAUAACCAAUCAAGCAUGACCAAGGGAACUGUCAUUACCCCAAAAUCAAGGGCCGUGCCAGAUGUGAACUCUGCAGUUGUUAAUUUUGCAAAAGUGAAACAACAACAGGGAACACUGCCAUCCAUGAGAAGAAUGCAAGCUGGUCCCACUAAAUCGACUUCAAACUUGAAAUAUUCCGAGUUGGCAAAGACAAGUGAAGGAACAACUUCUCAUUCAAAUUCUACCUCUCCAACACCUGAACUGUCCAACUCCGCUUUGUUGCCCGAUGAAUCACGUUUGAGUACCUCCCAAACCAACACUUCAAGGACUCAUGGCGAUACAUUGAGCCCAGUAGUUCGCGAUAAUUUGCAAAAGGAUAGUGCAAGCAAGGAAGAUGAAUCAUAUUCAGAUUUGGAGGAUGAUUCUUCUUCAAAUAAGAAAUAUAAUGUUCCACAAUUCGGUGGCUUUUCAGAUAAUGCCAAAUUGAAAGCUCAAUUGAUGAGGAAUUCCCAUGAAUUAUUCAGACAUUUACCUUGGAAGAUCGUCCCCACAGAUAAGGGUAAUGGGGCUUUAAAGAAUGCAAUUAAUACCGCCCUGAAUGAGAAAACCAUUAAGGAUAACGUGAGAUGGGUUGGUACAGUAGGGAUCCCCACUGAUGAAAUUCCCAAAGAGAUUUCAAAGAAGAUUACAAAGACAUUAGCUGAUGAAUAUCAAUCUACCGCUGUUAUCACCGAUGAUAUCACUUUUAAAGGUGCCUAUAAGAAUUUCUGUAAACAAAUCCUUUGGCCAACGUUACAUUACCAAAUCCCAGAUAAUCCAAAUUCAAAGGCUUUCGAAGACCAUUCCUGGAAUUAUUAUCAGAAUUUGAAUCAGCAGUUUGCCGAUAAUAUUAUUAGUGUUUAUAAAACUGGUGACACUAUAUGGAUUCAUGAUUAUCAUCUAAUGUUGGUCCCUGAAAUGGUAAGAAAAGUCUUGCCAAACGCCAAGAUUGGGUUUUUCCUUCACGUUUCCUUCCCAAGUAGUGAAGUGUUCAGGUGUUUUGCUCAUAGAGAAAAGAUAUUAGAAGGUAUCUUGGGUGCUAAUUUCGUUGGGUUCCAAACUAAGGAAUACGCAAGACAUUUCCUUCAAACCGCUAAUAGAUUAUUAAUGGCAGAUGUUGCUACUGAUGAGUUGAAAUUUAAUGGGAAAAUUGUUUCCGUGAAGUAUACCCCUGUAGGAAUAGAUAUGUUCACUUUAAAUGAUCAAUUAAAGGAUGAAAAAGUUUUACAAUGGAGACAUCUUAUUAGAGAAAGAUGGCAAGGCAAGAGAUUAAUUGUUUGUCGUGAUCAAUUUGAUCGUAUCCGUGGGUUACAUAAGAAAAUGCUUGCCUUUGAAAGGUUCUUAAAAGAGAACCCAGAAUAUAUUGAAAAAGUUGUGCUAUUGCAAAUUUGUAUCGGGGCUGGGAAAGAUUCAGAAUUGGAACGUCAAAUUAUGCUUGUCGUGGAUAGAAUCAAUUCAUUAUCAUCUAAUAUUAGUGUUUCUCAACCUGUGGUAUUCUUACAUCAAGAUUUAGAAUUCGUUCAAUAUCUAGCUUUAAGUUGUGAAGCUGACAUGUUCCUUGUUAAUUCCUUGAGAGAAGGUAUGAAUUUGACUUGCCAUGAAUUUAUUGUUAGUUCAGAAGAGAAGAAUGCUCCAUUAUUAUUAUCUGAAUUUACAGGAAGUGCUUCAGUUCUAGAAGGUGCUCUAUUAAUUAACCCAUGGGAUAUUCGUCAUACAGCAGAUAGUAUCAAGAUUGGUUUACAAAUGACCAAAGAGGAAAAGAGACGUCAUUGGAAAAAAAUGAUGAAGAGUGUUAUAAAUAACGAUUCUGAUAACUGGAUAUUGACUUCUUUACAAAACAUUAAUACAGCAUGGGAAUUCAAUAAGGAGAGAUCAACUGUUUUCAACCUAGCAUAUGAUACUUUAUAUGCUGAUUAUAAGAAAUCGAAGAAACACAUGUUUAUUUUAAAGAUUUCGGAACCUCCAACGCCAAGAAUGAUUUCCAUUUUAAACGAUCUAACUACAAAGAACAUUGUAUUUAUAAUGAACUCCUUUUCAAAAAGUACGCUGGAAAGUCUAUACAGUCGUGUUUUAAAUAUUGGAUUGAUCGCAGAAAAUGGUGCUUACGUUCGACUAAACAGCUCUUGGUAUAAUAUUGUGGAGCAAGUUGAUUGGAAAAGUGAAGUUGUUAAGAUCUUUGAUGAUAAAGUAGAAAGACUACCAGGUUCAUAUUUCAAAGUAGCAGAUUCCAUGAUAAGAUUCCAUACAGAAAAUGCAGAAGAUCAAGAGCGUGUAUCAAGCGUCGUUGGUGAUGCCAUUACCCAUAUUAACACCUUGUUUGAUGAAAGCGGUAUUCAUGCAUAUGUUCACAAGAAUAUUGUUUUCGUUCAACAGACUGGAUUAUCCCUUGCUGCAGUUCAAUUUUUGUUGAAAUUCUACAAUAACACCACAGAUCUAUUUGACAAUAGUACAAUACCUGUUACACAAUCCGACAACUCUUUUAACCAAACUGGUAACACUCAGGACGAUAUGGAUUUCAUGCUAGUAACAGGUUCUUCUUCCCCUGUCAUUGAACCAAUUUUCAGACUCUUGAAAGAAGAGAUGAACAGAGGCUCUUUACGUUUUGGUCAUAGUGUCGUCUAUGGGGGCGAUACAACUUCAACAUAUGCCAAAGAACAUAUCAAUGGUUCUAACGAACUUUUCAACAUAUUGAAAAAUCUUCCAAAAGUUGAAGGAAGUAAAAAAUAA